AUGUAGCAACUUAAAUUAAGCAAUAGCAAAGAGAAUUAAGAUUGGGAUUUUAGUAAGGUGGAAUCAAGAAUCUAGCUUUUAAUAGAAGAGAAUUAGAGAUUGAAUUAAUCGCUCACAACAAAGAUGGAAGAAAUCUAAUAAUUAAAAACCGAAAACAAUCAUUAAUUAAUGGAGUUGAAUAAAUUUAGAGGCUAAGAUUGUGAGCAAAAGAUUUUAACUGAAAUUAUUCUACAAAAAACUACUGAUUGUGAUAAAAACAAGAGAUAAUUAUUGAAAGCUGAAAAAUCUAUUGAUGAUUUGGAAUAAGAACUUAGUAUACUUAAAUCUGAAAAGGAUCAGUAUUCUAAAUAAAUGCUUUAAGCAUAAACUUAAAAUAUUUUAUUAGAAUAAGAAAGAUUGAAAUAAAUAGACGAGUUAAAAACCUAAGUAAGAAAAAGUAAUUAAGGUUCCAACAAUUAAAUUGAUUAAUUGAAAUUUGAAGUCAAUAAAUCUUAACUAGAAAACGAUUCUUUGAAAGUCUAAUUAAAGCAAUUAUAGGAUGAAAAUUCCUCAAUUAAAAGACAUUUAGGUUGUUUAAGUGGGUAUAUACUCGAAAAUGAGCAAUUAAGAAAAGAAAAUGAAAGUUUGAAUUAAAAUUAUUAAGCUUUAUUAGCAAAAUAAUGA